UGUUGUUUUGCUAACUUGAUGCUAAGGGGGGAAGCUGGUACACAUAAACUUCUCCAGUUAUGUAUCAUCUUAAAUAAAUGUCUCCGAUUCUAUCAGGGCAAUUGGACCUCUAAAUGUCCGUCUGAGGCUCUUCAAACACCGGGCUGCUCAGUUCGCUCAACCGCUCUUAUUUUCAGAGCCACUGUUAGCAUGCGGAUGCUAACUUCAGCUAGCGACCGUUGGUACUAAAGUCGCCACACAGACAGGACAACUGACAGAAGUCAUACUUGUUUUUUCUUUAUUUUCCCACCGCCAGCACAGUGAAUGAUGUGGAAAGCAACUUUACUAGCGUUUGGUGUUUUGCUGCUGGCCUUGUUAUUCGGGAACUUUGUUUGUUUGGGUUGGUUUCAACAAGACAGCAGCGUAAAACCCAAAACGCAGCAAAGCGAGCAACCGAGCAAAGCUUCUCCUUCUCCAGACAGCCAGGACCAGAGCUGCUUCUGCCAUCUGACGGGAGUCCUGGACGACUGCUUCUGUGACGUUGAAAGCAUCGACGUCUUCAACAACUUCAAGAUCUACCCUCGAAUCAAGAGGCUGACGGAGAAAGACUACUUCAGAUACUACAGAGUGAACUUGAAGCGACCGUGUCCUUUCUGGCCGAACGACGGACAUUGUGCCAUCAAAGACUGCCAUGUGGAGCCCUGUCCAGAGAGCCAGAUCCCAGUGGGCAUCAAGUCUGGGAACUACAACAAGUACUCCCAGCCAGCGGAUACGGUCUCCGACGUGACGGAGUGUGAACAGGCCAAAAAUCUGGGCGCCAUCAACAGCACCCUGAGUAACCAGAGCAAAGAGGCGUUCGCUAACUGGGAGAAACACGACGAUGCUCAGGAUCACUUCUGUGAGCUCGAUGAUGAAACCGCUCCAGACUCUGAGUAUGUGGAUCUGCUGCUGAAUCCGGAGCGAUACACCGGAUACAAAGGACCUUCAGCCUGGAGAGUCUGGAACAGCAUCUACGAGGAAAACUGCUUCAAACCCAGAUCGGUGUACCGACCUCUGAACCCUCUGGCUCCGAGCAGAGGAGACGACGAUGGAGAGGGUUUCUACACGUGGCUCGAAGGGUUGUGUUUAGAGAAGAGAGUUUUCUACCGGCUGAUCUCGGGCCUCCACAGCAGCAUCAACAUCCACCUGUGUGCCGAGUACCUGCUGGACGAGGGUUGGGGCCGGUCGAUUUGGGGUCCCAACGUUCAGGAGUUCCGUCAGCGCUUCGACACGGCGGAGACGAAGGGCGAGGGCACGCGGCGGCUGAAGAACCUCUACUUCCUGUACCUCAUCGAGCUGCGCGCGCUCUCUAAGGUUUCUCCGUACUUCGAGAGAGCGUUCGUCAACCUCUACACCGGGAACCGGCAGGAGGACGGAAACACCAAGGAGCUGCUGCUGCAGUUCUUCGAUGAGAUCAAAACUUUCCCAAUGCACUUUGAUGAGAAGUCCAUGUUCGCCGGACAAAAAAUUGAAGCCAAAAUAUUAAAGGAGGAGUUUCGCCUCCACUUUAAAAACAUCUCCCGGAUCAUGGACUGCGUCGGCUGCAGUAAAUGUCGCCUUUGGGGAAAACUGCAGACGCAGGGUCUGGGCACCGCUCUGAAGAUCCUGUUCUCUGAGAAGGAGAUCCAGAACCUCCCGGAGCACAGCCCGUCUAAAGGCUUCCAGCUGACCCGGCAGGAGAUCGUGGCCUUACUCAACGGGUUCGGCAGGUUGUCCACCAGCAUUCAGCAGCUGCACAGUUUCCGCCUGCUGUUGAAGGACAACAGGUAACAGCAGGUGAUCUCACCUGGCCAAUAGGAGGCUCCGCCCCCAGAGACCUGCAGGAGUCUAAUCCAGCCAAGAAAAAGGCCUUUUUCAUGGACAUCAGGAUCAGCAGUGAACCAUUAACACCUUCUUCUUCUCCUUUCUAUACCUCCUCCUCUUCCUCCUCCUCCUCCUCCUCCUCCGUCUGGCAGGUCUUGAAUGUUAACUCUCGCCCCCUCUUGCCUACGUCAAAACUCCCAACGUUUUUUUUCUUCUUCUUGUUCUUUCUGCUGUAAAUCUUGUCGGCCAUUGACAAACCUUUUUCAUUGUUUUGUUCUCCUUUGAGACGUUGACCUGUAAAAUCAGCAGGUGGUCUGUGGUGUUGGACAAACCCCGAGGAAAUGAUCCAAAGUUUGGAAGGAAGUGACGAAACUGACCAAAUUUGACACGACAGACUUGGAACGCCGGGACCAGGAAGUGUGUCCAACAGGAAGUGAAUUUAAUGUUUUCUUUCCUGCUGACCCCGCCCUCUGCCGACAUCACAUCCUGUUGGAUUUGCACUCAUGUGAACCCGAGUCAAACCUUUUACUGUAAGGAUAUAGAAAUACUUUCUCCUGAGAGAGGACUCAGCCAAAACGGUUUUCCAGAUAAAAGUGAGUCUGAGGAUUAUGCUGCCUGUUUUUUUUUUUCCGUUUCCUUUUCCUCUCCUCAUCUUCUCCGGCGUUUGACGUUUGUUGCUCGAAGCCUGAGGAUUUGGACCAAUCUGCUUGAGUUUACCAUCUCAGGCUUUACACAUGUCAGCUCGCUAGAACACUGUGUGCGUGCGUGUGUGUGUGUGUGUGUGUGUGUGGAUCAACAGUUGCAGCUAUAAGAUAAUGGACUAUGACUUGAUUCCAUUGCUCACCUUGAUACUGUAGCAGAUUUUUGCUCUCUUUCGAUAAUAGCUAAUAAUUCUAAGCUUAGUUUUUUGAUGAGUCAUGUUUCUGUCUGUCUAGUCGCUGCCGUGUGUUUUGCAAAGCUGACGCCUCCUUUUCUUCGGCAUUUAUUUUUGCUUCGGCCAUGUUGUCUUAAAGCACACCUUGAAUCAAGAUAGAUUUAUUUAAAUAGGACAAAUAGAGUUAUUAGGUGUUCUUGAGAUGCUUUAGAGUUUAUUUCACGCUGGUUAUUUCCACAUGAGAGACCCAGGAGGUGUGAUUGCACAGGAGAGGAUUGGGUUUAAAGGAGCGGCUGCAGAUCAGCAGGAGGCUGGAGGUGACUCACAAUGUUUCAGGAGCCUCUAGGAGUGAGAGAAAAACAACUUUAAUGUCCAGCGCUCUGCAGAAACAUUCUCCUGAAAGCAUGAGUCUGGAGUUAUUCUUUAUCUAAAUUCUUACAGAUUGUCUCGUAUAAUGUUAUGACUUCCUGUCUUUGGCGUCUACAGCUCUAACCCAAUUGGAUCAUGAGGACGUAAAUCUUUAAAAAACACAAACGAGUGAUUUUCUCAAACAGGAGGAAAUGGUGCAUUAUGUUUGAAUAGUUUUGGAUGUAAAAGGAUCUCUGUGGCACAGAGGAAGAAGAUGAAUCAUGAUUUGAUGCAAACACACAAUACAUGUUGGUAGAUACAUCCAUUUCUAAGUUGUUGUUUUUUUGGAUUUGUUGGAAAAAUAUAGAAUAUCACCAAACUUCUAGGUGUUUAACCUUGAGAGAGAUGUAUCUUUGAAACAACAUAGAAUAACUUGACACGGUGAACAAGCUGAUUAAAUAGUUACAGUUGGUAAGCAACGUCAAACAAGCAAAGGACUAUUUGCUGACGUACGCCAUGUUUUACGGAGUGUGCAGUAGAUUUUGGAAUAAUGGGUAAAGCUGCAACAACCACAGCUGAAUAUCAUAGGCUGACACACCUGUCAAUCAAACAAAAACAGCUGUUUCUCAUGCUUAACUAAAUAUAUGAAGUCUACUAUUUUUACACCUUACUCGGGACCUAUCAUGCUGUUUGGGGUUUUCCCUUUUCCUGUAUUGUGUUAUACGUUUUUGUGCGUGUAAAUGGUCUUCUAAGCUUAAAAUCCAAAAUGUCUAAGGGGCGGGACAUCUCCUAGCUGUUGACCAAUCACAACAGAGUCGGCCAGCUAACCAAUCAGAGCAGACUGGGCUCUGGUUUCAGACAGAGGGGGAAAAGAGGUGCUGCAGCACAGGCAGUAUGAGACAAAUAAAGAGCUUUUUGAACAUUAAAGCACGGAGACAUGUCCCAGUAGAGACACUAAAUACAAAUGAGGACAAUAGGGCCCCUUUUUAAAUAAAAUGUGACUUUGUAUUUUAAGAAACAGGUGCUUUCGAAAUUGAGUUCAAUAGAUACAUCUUAUAUAAUAGACUUCAUUUAGUGGCUGUUUUCUUUGCCGUCACUCUCCAGCUGUGGUGGUUGCGGCUUUGUGGUCUGCUAAUAAAGUUUUAUACAAAGGCUACGAUGGAUUUACGAGGCGAUUUUACAGAUUAUUCAGAUUCCUGUCGAUAUAGUUUUGUUUCGCUCAGCAGUGAAAGCAUAACGUGGACCAAAGAGUUUUAAGUUGCCUACUUUAUUUAUGUGUUUUUGUUUGUUUGUGAUGCCCAGAAAGUGUUUUAUGUUUUAGUUUAUUAAUUAUUAUAUUGAUAAAAAAGAGACGUGAUGUUACACGUUAUCAGAUAUAUUUAAGGUUUUUUUUCCUGGUCAUAUAGUUUAAGAGGAUUAGUCUAAAGUACUUUAUAUGUAAUUGUUGAAAAAAUUACAAUUUAAAGAUUCAUAAUAAUCGUUAAGUCCCAUCUUCUGCUUUAAUGCAAUUUAUAUUUAUUGUUGAUUGAGGGGGCAAACAUGUUAAACUAAAUGAUGGAAGUGACCACUUUUAUUUUCUGUCAUAUAAUCCAAGAUUUUUGAAAUAAAUUUUUUGAAUUACUUAGUUUUCUUUCUACCAGAAAGUCACACGUCAUAGAUCGAGAAAAGAUGGGUUUUCAAAAUAAAUACACAUCUGAUUUAAUUAAUAGUAUUACAUUUCACAAGCAGGCAUUCAGUUUUUUAUCAAAUAAAAAUGAUUUCCCAUUUUCUUUGCUUCGAUAAAAGUACUCUUAUAUUAAAUAAUUUAGUCUGAUUUAUUUGUUUCUGUGUGGGAUUGAGACAGGAAUGAUAUGAUGCUCAAAGUGUGUGUGUGUGAGACAGUGUGAGACGUGUGUGUGAGAGAGAGACGUGUGUGUGUGAGAGAGACAUGUGUAUGUCCUCCUCUGAGCCUUGCAUGCCCUCCAGCAGCAGGACGUCCCGUACACUCGUCAGCCUUAAAACUAAAUUGCGAUUUAGGAAAGAGACAAACCUUCUUCAGACCUUCCGGCUCUUCGUGUUGGGAUCCAAACCUGUAGAGUUUUUUUUGUAAAAGGCAGCAGUUUUCUUUUGUUUUGCUUACAGAUCUUUAAGAAUAUAUAUAGUUGCACCAUGUUGAUGUGUGUACCUGUUGAGUAUAUUUAUUUGAAAAGAGGAAUAAAUAUUUCUGGACAUCACUGAA